AUGGAUCUGCUGAGCCUUGUCCGGCACGAGUUUGACGUGAUAGGGAACGAUGCAGUGCAUUUUAAAACGCAGCGUGAUGAGAUGGAGCAUCGCAUUGCGCAACAAUUCAACGAAGUCGGUAUGAUGCAGGACCAUGUGUACGAGUUGGAGAAGCGCCACUAUGAAAUUGUGAUGCAGUAUGAGGGGGAGAUUAAAAGACUGCGUACGCUGUUGGACAGCCGCGGCAUUAAUGCUGAAGCGCCGCCCGCUUCGCUUCCUCAACCACCAGCUGCGGGCUCGAUACGCAAUGCUUCCAACGGCCGCGCGACCUCUUCGCCGUCGCGCGCAGCAUCGCGUCCGCUACCUGCGGAGCAUGCACGCGGAGCAGAGGUCGGCACUGGACCUGUUUCGACGCCCAAGCGCCCCAAGGUCAAUGCUCCGCCGUCGAGCGCGACAGAUGGGCGCAACAAAUUUAAGCGUGAAGAUCGCGAGGGAAGGCGCAAUGAUAGCGUGCAGUCAGCUCGCAUGGAGCAUGACUUGACGCGUGCGAACCCUUCCGACGCACCUCCACCCGCCUUUGAUGCGCCGGACGAGAUGCAGGACGGGAUGCAGCAGCUGAAAAAAGAAGGGAGCGACUGGGUCACAUUGGCCAAUCCGAACACGCAGCACCCGCUCGAUGUGGAUCUUGCGCACACGCUCACGCAUGACAGUGUUGUGUGCUGUGUUCGCUUUUCACCCGAUGGCAAGUACCUUGCCACGGGAUGCAAUCGCGCCGCCCAUAUCUAUGACGUCAACACCGGCGAAAAACUGGUCGAGCUGCCGAGUCCUGAACCGGAGGACAAAGGUCUGCAGGGCUUGCGCGAUCUUUACAUUCGCAGCGUGUGUUUCAGUCCCGACGGCAAGCUCCUCGUAACUGGCGGGGAAGACCGACGAAUUCGGGUGUGGGACAUUGCCGAGAAAACAAUCAAGAUGCAGCUGGUAGGGCACGAGCAGGAGAUUUACUCCGUCGAGUACUCGCAGGACGGAAAGCUCCUUGCAAGUGGCUCUGGCGAUAAGACGGUCCGUAUUUGGGAUGCCGAGACGGGCGAUGUGAACCAUGUAUUGUACACCAGCCCCGGCCUGAUUUGUGGCCCGAGCGUGACGGCGAUUGCUUUUAGCCCCAAUGGCCACUUUGUUGCUGCAGGCUCCUUGGACACGUUUGUGCGUAUUUGGGAUGCCAAGACGGGCAAGCUGCGCCAAAGGCUCAAGGGCCACAAGAACAGCAUUUACAGCGUCGCAUUCAUGCCCGACGGCGAUUCGCUGGUCAGCGGCAGCCUCGAUCAGACGCUCAAGCUGUGGGAUAUUUCUAGCAUCAUGAAGUCGAACGACUCGGACGAUGACGAGGCGACGACCUUGUCGUUGUGCAAAAACACGUUUGUUGGGCACAAGGACUUUAUUCUUUCCGUUUCAUGCGCGCCACAAGGCAACUUUAUCGUGUCAGGAUCAAAGGACCGCUGUGUCCAGGUUUGGGAUCCGCAAACGGCCAAGUCCCAGCUUGUGCUGCAGGGCCACAAAAACUCGGCCAUUGCAACGCAUAUAAACCCGAUGGGUACGAUGCUGGCGACUGGCAGCGGCGACUUUACCGCACGCAUCUGGACAUACAAAAGCACGCAGCCAUAA